AUGGAGGACGAGGAGGAAGACCUGUUCGCUGGCGCCAUGACCAUAGGGUCGGAAACCACAGAAGCCGAGAAGGAAUUUGAAAAAGUCCUAGAAUUGAUGCGUGAAACAGAAGGUCUCAAGCUAUAUUCGGAUGUGUACACUAAGCUUUACGACUCAUAUUACAAGCUCAAAGAUGAGAACAACGAGAAACAAGCAGAGAUUGAAGGCAUGAUGACUAAAAUGGGUAGAUUCGACGCGACUGUGGACGGCUACCAGAAGGAUCUCAGCGAGGCCAACAAGUCUAUACAGGUUCUACAGGAGGCUGUUGAGGAAGCGCGCACGCUCGCCGACGCGAUGCACGCGCGUGAACUAGCCAGCGUGGAGCAGCUGGAGACCAUGAAGAAAACCGUCUACCGGCUGGAGAAGGAGCUAGAUGCUAGGAAGAGAGCUGGGGACGAUGAAGCCGGCGCAACAUCAGCAGUGAAAGAGAAGGAAAAAUUCGAGAAGGAGAAAGCGAAGCUGGUGGCCGAGCUGGACGGCAUCAAGCUGCGUCUGAGCAACGCCAUCAACUACCAGGAGGAGUUGGAGCAGAAGAACAACGCUGCCGAGGAGAACAUCGCUAAACUAGAAGAGACUCUUGAGGAAGCGGAGAACCAAGCGGUGCGCACCAAUCGUUUGGUGGAACACCUGCGCAACGAGUCGAACAACCUCAAGAUGGAGCUGGACCAACGGAACACCUACAUCAACACCCUCACUGACAAGCUAACGAAAACAGAGAAGCUUCUGGAGCGGCGCGAGAAGACCAUCAAGGAUAUGACGGCUCGCCUGGAGGCGGCAAUCUCGGAGCAGGAGUCAGCUACCUCGCGCGCCACGCAGUUCCGGGACCAACUCGAGAAGGUGCACACAGAGUUUGAGAAGACCAAGACCACCCUCGUACACACCAGCAAGGAGCUCAAGAACAAUAUAGACGACGGCACGCGCUUGCGCAACGAGGUGUCCAAGCUGAUGAAACAGAACGCGUCCCAGGCGAAGAAAUACACCCUGCUGGAACAAAGCAAGGCCAACCUCGAGUCUGAACGCGAGCGCCUCCACCAACAAGUAUCCGUGAUGGAGCGAGAGAUCAUGCUCGGCAAGAGACAGGCAGAGGCGGACAAGAGGGACAUAGAGAAUCUGUGCAGAGAGAAGGACAUCCUCAACAAGAACAUGCAGAAGAUACAGAACGAGGCGGCGGAGAACCUGAACAUGCUGAACCUGCAGGAGCAGCACCGCAAGCAGCUGGACCACGAGCUGGAGAUGAACGCGCGGCAGAUCAACAAGCAGCGGCUCAUGAUACGACAGUACGAAAAGGACAAGGACAGAUUACUUGAAGAGGCUAUUGCCCUAAAUGAGAAAAUUGACGAAAUAUCAGAGGAGGUUCGCCUCCGAACCGCAGACAUCAUCGACCUGAAGAAGGCACUUCGCGAGGAGAGUAUCAACAACCGCAAGUUGACAGUUGCCCUCGACGCCACCAGGACUGAGCGGAACAUGCUGCACAAGAACUACACUGAGGCUUUAGAUGAGAUACAGGAUCUGAAACAGAAGUUGAAGAUGCUGGCCUACCAGAUUGAACAGCUGAAAGAAGACAUCAGCGGCAAGGAGUCAGGCUUGAAGAGCUGUGAGGGAGCUCUCAACAAGUGCCACAAGAAGAAUGAGCAACUCCGCACGGAGAUACAGGCGGGGUUAACCAAACUCUCCGAAGCACGCGCGGAUAUAACUGCCUUGAGGCAGGAGGAGGCGAGGCUGAACAGGAUUAUUCAGGAAGGCGACACAGCUCGCGCGAAACUGAUGAAGGAGCUGGAAGGUCUGAUGAACGAGCGCGACGUGGUGGGGGCUCAGCUGGUGCGGCGCAAUGAUGAAAUAUCCUUGCUGUACGAGAAGAUACGCAUACUGGAGGUCACGCUACAUAGAGGAGAGAGACAAUACGAGCAGCGGGUGGAAGAUAUCCGUCUCCUACGUCUGGAGAUCAUCAGACUGCGCAAGGAGAAGAACCUGCUGUCCAAAGGCAUCGAGAACAUGACCGACUUGAGGCUUGAGGUGUUCAACUUGGAGCGCGAGCUGGGUCGCGAGCGUCUCCGCGUGAGAGCGCUAGAGGAGGCCCUGGAGACGCCUCUGAACGUGCACCGCUGGCGCAAGCUGCAGGGCACAGACCCCGACAGCGUGCACCUAACGCAGAAGCUCCGGCUCACGCAAAAGAAAGUUUUGAUGCAGAGUGAGAUGCUGGUAAUGAAAGACCGCGAGUUGAAGGAGACGCGCAACCUGUAUGGAGCUGUUAAGGACAUGCUCGCCUUGCAACCCAGUCCGGACAUACAGCAAACAUUAAAUCGCACCCAACGUGCAUUAGCUAACAGGACUACUAAGAUGAAAUGUCUGAUUGCUGAGCUGAACAUGCGUGAGCGUCAAGUGACAGAUCUUCGGCACGAGUUAGACAGAAUGAAUGAAGACUUACACUCCUACAAGACGAAGUAUUACGACAUGAAGCGAGCUCUGGACGCGGACGAGGCGAGGCGACUGCGAGUCCCGACCCCUCUGUCCACACCGGCAGCUCGUACGGACCAGACGUAUUGCUCUGAAACGCAUAGCCUGUAA